AUGACACAAGAAGAGCAGCAAGCGGGUAUGGACAAUGACGUGGCAAAGGAGAGAGGCAGAGAGGGUGAUUCAGCGUGCAAUAUUAACGGAAUGCAUACUGUAUUGCGCUAUAUCUUUAAUAAACAUUGCUCUGCAUUACAGCCAUUACGUUUGAGCAUUACAUUUGGUGCUUUCAUUGACUCGGACAUGGCGGACGUAACUCGUUUUAAGGAUCUGCAGACAGAAUUCAAAUCUCUGUCAGAGUAUGUAGGCCGUGUGGAAACAUCAACAAAUAAUCAUCUGGAUCAGUUACAGAGUGCUCUCGAAGCUAUGGGGCGUGCUUCAACUGCGAGUUUGGAAGCCGCUAUGGAAUCAAUGUCUCGUCGCAUUUCUUCCUCCAUUCGUGAACUCGAUCGCGGUCCUGGCUCUAUUGGAGUUUCUUCCUCCAGUCAACAGUACCAAAAUUCAUAUCGCCCGAUUAAGUUAGAUUUCCCAAAGUUCGAUGGUUCUGACCCCAUGAUCUGGAUUUUUCGUGCAGAGCAGUAUUUCUCUUAUUAUGAGACGCCGGACAACCAACGUGUACUGGUAGCUUCUGUCAGUUUUGAAGGCGAUGUCGUUCCAUGGUUCCAAAUGUUGCAGAAAACUCGUGUCAUUACUAACUGGCUAUCGCUUGUCAAGGCCAUAGAGGAUGAGUACGGUCCUUCUCUGUUUGAUCAGCCGCGCAUCAGGUUGUUCAAACUCAUGCAGUCCUCAUCAGCGGAAGUGUAUUGCCCGGAGUUUUUGGCGCUCGCAAAUCGCACAGAGGGGGUCUCUGAUGCAGCCUUAUUGGAUUGUUUUUUUGGAGGUUUGAAACCUUACUUGCGGAAGGACGUUAUGGCCCAAAAACCACUUAACUUGUUACGAGCUACAGAGCUGGCCAAAUUGUUUGACACAUCUGUGGGCCCCUUUGAUGGGCCCCCUAAACCGAACACCACUGGUUCAAGUCGCAGCUCUGCUUUCUCUAAACCCUUCUCUGGUUUCUCAUCAUCAGCUUCAUCCACGAAGAGCUCUCAGGCGGCGUUGCUACCUACGCCAGCCAUGAAACCAGUUACACAGAUUAAGAAAAUGACAGCAGUAGAGAUGGCUAUCCGAAGAGAGAAAGGUCUGUGUUAUACGUGCGAUGAGAAGUUUUCACCGGCUCACCGUUGUGCUAACAAGCAGUUCAUGGUCAUGUUUUGUGAAGAGUCAGAUUCCCCUUCAACUACAGAGUCCGCGACAGUGUUGGAGGCUGAACCACACGACGAUGCGCCAACCAUUCACCAUCUCUCACUCCAUGCUUUUCAAGGCCACCGUGGUACCGCCACCAUUCGUUUUCAGGGUGCUAUUUGUGGGUCGGCCGUACAGGUGCUCCUUGAUGGUGGUAGUACCGAUAGUUUUAUCCAUCCCAGGGUCAUUAAUCAUCUGCGUCUCCCAGUGGAACCAGUUCACAACAUCCGUGUCAUGAUAGGUGAUAGGUAUGCCAUGACGGGUGAAGGUAUCGUUCGAGCCGUUCCAUUGCAGAUUCAGGGGCAUACAAUUACUCUUCCAACUUAUGUAUUACCAAUUGCGGGGUCUGAUGUGGUGAUUGGUGCAUCUUGGUUAGCCACUCUUGAUCCGCAUGUAGCAGACUAUACGAUUGGUAGUCCUCGCAUCAAAUUUUUUAACAAUGGAGAAUUUGUUACACUACAUGGUCUGUCUCAUCCUCCUGUAUCUCAAGCUGAGUUUCACCAGUUACAGAGGUUGGUGCGUACGGAUGCUAUUGCUGAGCUCUUCCUAAUGACACUUGCUACGUCCCCUGAUCCUGUACCUUCUCAAAGUAUGCCCAAUGAUAUUCAUGAUGAUAUGAAGAACUUGCUGCAACAAUAUUGGACAGUCUUUGAGAAACCCACUGGGUUACCUCCGAGCAGAGGACACAAACAUCGCAUUAUCUUGACUAAUGGAGAUCAGCCAGUGAAAGUGCGACCUUACCGAUAUCCUUUUAGUCAAAAGGAUUAA